CUGACGAUCAGAUUAAUCUCACACCAGCCUCCAGUUUCUGCUGACUGACAUGGCGAGUAACCUCGUCUCGAAGCUGUUCCGCCCUCCUCUGACACAGCUUGUGUGUCUCCGUUCAGGUUCCUUGUUUCGGGGGAAGGGGGCGGCGGCCGCAGCGACGGGCACCAGAUCUUCCUCCAGUGGCUCUCCACCAGAGAAAAUCAGCCGAUACCCAAUUCCUUACAAGAAAGAUCUGCCGUAUGAUAUAGUGGAGCUUAUGGAGGAAGUGGAAUCAAAGGGAGGAUUUUUGCCCAAUGUCUUUAAAGUGCUGUCUCACAGGCCGGCAGAGUUCAGAGCCUUCUUUGCAUACUACAACGAACUGAUGAACAAGGACACAGGUAGAUUAACCAAGGCAGAUCGUGAGCUGAUUGUAGUGGCAACCAGUAUCCACAACAGGUGUCUGUACUGUGUGGUAUCCCACAGUGCUCUGCAUCGCAUCUACUCAAAAAACCCCACACUUUGUGAUCAGGUCAUUGUGAACUAUGAAAAUGCUGACCUGGCCCCUCGGGAGCGUGCCAUGCUGGACUUCGCCAUGGCCGUGUGUCGCUGCGACACCAUCACAGAGCAGCACUUUAAAUCUCUGGAGGAAGCGGGCUUUGACCGCGAGGACGCCUGGGACAUAGCCGCCAUUGCUGCUUUCUUUGCCAUGUCUAACAGGCUCGCCCAUCUCACAGACAUGAGGCCAAACCUGGAAUUUUUUAACCUGGGCCGCAUACCACGGGACAAGAGCAAGGACAAGGCGGGCGAUGGCAACUGAGAAAGGGAGAUGUUACAGCAUUUGACCUGAGACAAUCUGUAUGUGAUGUUAAAAUGUUCAUGGUGAAGGAAAAUUCUCUUUUAUAUUGUAUCAACAUAUGACUGUUGAUAUUUGAACUGUGGUUUAAUGAGGUGUGAUAGCCGUUCUACAGGUAUACACGCUAAAGGCAAAUUGACACUGAAAUUAGUCUGAAGGUCAGGAGUGUAGAAUUGAGAUUUAAGUAGCUUGACUGAGCCUGUUUGUGUUUGUUUGUUGUUUUUUGUGGGAUGUUUUUGUUUUUUGUGCCAAAAUCAAGUUAUGCAGCGCAAGCAUCUAAAUGGGGCUUGUAGGAAUGGUUAUGUUAAGAUGUAUUCAGAUUCUCUCAUGACUCACUAAGUUGUGGUUAAUAGAGGGGUUAAGAAGUUUUUUUUUUUUUUUUUUUUUUUUUUUCCUGCAGUUAACGCCUCUCUUAUCUUCGAAUCUGACCUGUGUGUGAAGUGAGAAAGCUUAUUUGACUCAGGCCUUAAUAGCCUCCACUGCCAUGUCACUGUUGUUUGCAAUGUACACGAAAAGCAUACCAGGAUACACAAGUAACUGGACACAGAGCCAUACAGUUCUGAAAUAUUGGCUAACUUUGAACCAAUUUCGAGUCCCUUCCUAUGGCAAAAACAUGUCAUGAAACUGACUUUUCUCUGUGUUACUGAUCUUGUUCUAAAGUUAAAAUGGAAAACUGCAUUUCCUCAGGCUUCACACUGUCUGUGGGAUGAAGUUCUUGAUAUUAUGUGAGCUUUUUUUUUUUUUUUUUUUUUUUUUUUUUUUUUUUUCAGUAAUUUCUGUGUACAAGUGAAAGAUGGGGCUUUACUUGCAGAUAUCUCACUCUUGUCACUGUCAACAGAAAUGACCUAGUCUUGGUAAAGUGCUUUCUAUCACCACCAGAUGGCGCUGCAUUCAUGAACCUAUUGGAAUUAACACUACAGUCUUCUAUAUGUAACAUCUGACUCAAUAAUUCCAUAUGUGAAAGAUGGGCAAAUAAAACCCACAAAGAAGAGCUUCAGAUAAAACUUGUACUGCUUAUUCAAAAUGUUGCUGAAAAUUAUGUCCAAGGUCUUGUUUUUUUUUUUUUUUUUUUUAAAUGCUGCAAUCAUGCAAUCCUUUUUCCCGGUGUAACUUAUCUGGUGGAGUGUCUCACUUCUGUAUAAUACACAGCAUUUCCUCUGAAAGUUUACUUUCUGUCUGCUAUCAAAAAUGAUAAAGUCAAACAUGACUCCAGGCAUCACCUGAAGAUUUGCUCUUUUUUUUUUUUUUUUUUUUUUAACGCUCCUCAUGCACUAAAAACUUUCCUGCUCACUUGAAUAUUUAGGUGAUCUUCACACCAGGGGACAUGAGAUGUGUGUAAAGCUUACAGGAAAGAAUUACAAAUAGUGUUUCUGUGUCAUGAACAUCCUGAAAGUCAACCAGAGCAGAUCCUUAUUGUAGCAUAAUGGGAUUAUUUAUGUAUAUACACAUUUAAAUUUAAUUCCUGUGCCAGAAGAUGUGUCAUUAAACCAUUUGAAACAGAA